ACUAAAUCUAUAUAGCUAGCUAGCUAGGGCAAAGCAAUAAUCUAAGAAGAAGAAGAAGUAAGAAAAUGGCGAGUGAAGAAAGUGGUUCAAAGCAGCUGCACUUCGUGCUAGUCCACGGGGCUGGGCAUGGAGGGUGGUGCUGGUACAAGAUUCGUAUUCUUCUUGAAGAUGCAGGAUACAAGGUCACUUGCAUCGACCUCAAGUGCUCAGGCAUCGAUCCCACUGAUUACAAUACCAUCUUCACUUUCGCCGACUACAAUGAGCCUCUUACCACUUUCAUUUCCAACCUCCCAUCUGAUGAAAAGAUAAUCCUGGUGGGUCACAGCGCUGGGGGUCGUAACGUUACAGAUGCCCUAAACCAGUUUCCUCAAAAAAUCCAUAUGGUCAUCUAUGUUACAGCAAUGAUGGUGAACCUUCCGUUCAAUUUUAAGACAACUGCGUCUCAACAUAACCGUGCCCUUCAUCAGCUGGGAGACGAGCUUGAGUCUAUAAAAGGAACAAUCGAAGAUGUCUUCUUCCCAACGAGCACCAAGGAGCCUCAACUUCUGCGCCUGGAUUUGCACAAUGUAAACCCAACUGAGUUGGUGCGCGCCAUUCCGGGAGAGAAUUUCUCGUACGACUUUAUAAAGGGAAUCAAAGGUCUUCCCUUCCCAACCGGCAUCACGGUUAAGCCUGAACUUCAAAACCAAGUUUUGUACAAUUUGAGCCCUAUUGAGGACUACACAAUGGCUUCGAUGCUGCUGAGGCCGACCCCAGUUUGGAGUCUUCUAGACCUGAACUUCGCGGAAGCUGUUGAAGGUGCGGACAACGUGCCGAGAGUGUACAUAAAGACACUCAAGGACGAACUAUGCAACCCGAUGAUGCAACAACUUAUGAUCAAAAUGUGGCCACCAACCCAUGUCUUCACUAUUGAAAGUGAUCACUCCCCAUUUUUCUCUAAGCCUGAUCAGCUCUUUAGCCAUUUUGUGGAAGCAGUGUCGUCCAUUAAGAUAAAAUGAUGAUACCUUUUUAGAUUUUUGGAGCUGGCCAAGGGUCUCUGGUUUGUUUUCAUUUGUUUUGUCAAUUUAAUGUGGGGUUGUUUUUAAGAGAUAUAUAUGGUGCCAAUUAUAAUUGGUGUGAGUACUAUUUUCCAAGUAUUUAUGAUUUUAAUCGUACAAUAAUAGAGAGGCAACAUUCGGAUGUUUGAAUUUUUA